CAAACAUGGCGGCUACUGUAACGACGGUAAACAUACCGAAGCUUUUUGUGUGUUUUUCAGCGUCUCUCCUGGUCUCACCUGUCGGUUUUACAUAUUAAGUGUCUUGAAAACUGACUGUUUAACUAGUCAACUCUUUCUGGAGCAUGUUUUGAACGGAAAGCCAAAACGAAACCUGGAAAAUAAACGGAAGUGUCUGCCUCGCGUUUGAAACAAAACAUCCGCUUCUGUAACGCGUGUGUUUACUGUGUUAGCUCGUCGUCCCAGCCAACAAACACGAGGGAAAUAUGAAAAGCAACUUCAACGAGGUCUUAAAGGACGAGAAAAUGUUUACUGUUCCGCCUGUCACAAUGGAGAGACUCACCGUUUGAGCAAGAUGUAACGGUAACUAACGUCGGAGUAUUUCUCCCUGAACAAACAAGACAUGGACUUUGCCGUGGAGACAACCUGAGAGCACCGAGAGGUAAAACCGAGUUAAGGGUACACUACCAUGGGUUUGGUGAACUUUGUAAUCUCCACUGUGGUAAAAUGCCUGGACGCCGUCUGCUUGCUGUUGGACCUGAACUUUGUCAUCGUCCACACCGUGGUGCGGACCAUCCUGGCGGUCAUCACCUUUAUAAACAGCAUACCCACCCUCCUCCUCAACUCUGUGGUGGAGCUGGGAAACUUCACCGUGUUUUGCUUGAUGUCCAUGGCAGAGGCAACGUCAAAUGCAGCCCAGGGUACUGUCACCAUGCUGGGGAGCCUGGUGCUGGAUCUGGAGGGGCUGCUGGAGAGCCUGAAGAUGGUGGGUUACCUGUCCAUGCAAGUCCUGCUUCGUGGGAAGGAGCACCUGUGUCGAGGUCUGAUGUCGGUGCUGGAGGGCUGUAGCAUCGCAGUGAGCCUGGUGGUCUAUUUCACCAACACAGUGGUCAACUUUGCGCUCAUUGCCACCCAGAAUAUGUACGCAGAGGUGGUCAGUUUGUGGCAGACGGUCUCCAGCCCACUGCAGAAGGUGCUUGAGUUCACGCUGACUUCCUUCACCUUUAUUUACAGCAGCCUGGUCGGUACCUCAGCAUUCCUGUGGUCACCUUGUAAACUGAUGUUGGACUUUCUGGUCUCGCUGGUUCAUAUGUUUAUCAGCGUCUUCAUAUUGAACAUCUACGGUCUCCUGCUCACAGUUGCUAUUGCUCUAACUACCACUGCCUACCUGAAUCCAGAGCUUACUCACCAGGCUGUUGUGCGAAUUAUGGAUUACAUUAACUCGUUUCCUGCCUUGCACAGACUUCACCUGGCAUUCCACUGCCUCGCUUCAGCCUUGCAGCGCACCCCACAUGUUGCACGCCGUGCCAUGCAGCACCUGCAACGAGUACUCCAUCACCUCUACCUGCUAGAGAGAGGACUUUGGCAGCAGCUGACUCGACUCAGCAGCCAGCUAGGUCAGGCUCUGAGGACACAGCUCAACAGGGAUGACAACAACAGAGUGGGCGGUGAUGGCGACCCUGGGGAGGAGAGGCGGGACCCGCCAGAUGGAAGAGCAGGAGAUGGAGCCCACCAGGAGCUGCUUGAUUUAGUUUUCCCCUCAUCAAGCACAGACAGGCCACUAAAGAAGCAGUAGUCUUCAGGCAAAGACAGUAAACCUCUGCCUGCUGAGAAUCUGCUGAAUCUCCUGAAGGAGCAGGAGGAGAGGAAGAAGUGUGUGAUCUGUCAGGACUGCACCAAGACGGUGGUGCUGCUGCCGUGCAGGCACCUCUGCUUGUGUAGAGAUUGUACGGACAUCCUGUUGAGGCAGCCCAUAUACCAACAGAACUGCCCACUGUGUCGGCACAUGAUUCUCAACACUAUGGACGUGUACCUAUGAGGGACCAAUAGAAGUGGAUCUGUGGGCGUCUGACCACAAUGAGCUGCCUAUCAGUAUCCAUACUUGACGUUUUACCACCAUAGAAAUGAUGUAUGACUUGCGUUUUUACUAGGUUGUGUUGAAGUAUAGGUCUGGUGAUAUUCUCCAUUUUUCUUGCUGUCAACAAAUCCCAUAAUAAGACCAAAACUAAUGUUAGUCUGUGUCUUAAUACUUUCCUGCUUAUUCAUUUUCACUGAAGAUGUAAAUCUUUAAAAACAGCUCACAGUUACUCUUAAACAUGUUACACACACAAGUGUAAAUGGGUAGGUUUGGACUACACAGGAAGUAUUUAUCUAUAAGGUCAAUCCAUUGUUGUUCUGAAUUUUGUGGGAUUUAUUGAUGAUUAAAAAUGGAGAAUAUCAUCAAACUUAUACUGUGUCCCAACUCCAUGCAACUGUACACAGUGUGUACUAUAUACUAAUCUUUAUAGUACACUGUUGUCUGCAGUUAGUAUACAAGAAAUCAACAUACUUGACUGUUUCAACAUUAAAAUGCCACUACUAAGUAAGAACGGUGUCACCACCAUGCACAGUUAUUUUCUUUCACUUGUGAGCAGCUCCUGUGCAGUGCGCUGUGCGAGAACAAUCUCAAAAAGCAGGUGGUGUUUUUUUUUUUAGCAUAUAUAGAGUUUAUUUUGUCGCUCGUGAACACACGACAUGUUCAAAUCCUGCUUAAAACUAGUUUGUAGUGUGGGUUUGGGACACAGCUACAGUCUCUGUUUUGGCACUAACAUGCACCUGUUGCCACGUUGAGUCUCAGGUCUCGUAGCCAUGGUAACCUGCCAGUGCCCUCCCCGAUGCCAAAAUGUUUACCGCCGCUCAUGUCUUAAAAUGUCGUGCUUUCAGUAGGUCAAGCUGUGACGAAAACUAACACUGUGCUUUAUUGCAUGAGUAUACAUGAUUCCAAACAUGCUGUGUACGGAUGCUGUAAGACUGUUUAAAGCAACGCCACUGUUCUGUCGUACAACGCUUUUAGCAUUUCAACAUUCUUCUGUGAAUGAUGACCACUCCUCACAGAGCCAUGUAAAGAUGGUUUUCUCUAUUUAAGGAAAGGGUUUUGUAAUCUUCCAGUCAGGCCCAAUAAAACACAGCUUUAUCCCAUUUAUUUGUCAUUGAUAGGGCUUAUUCCAGUCUUCCAUCAGAGGCACAUUACAGUCACCACCCACACACAAUCCAUAAAAGGUUUCCCCUUUCCUUUGUCAUUGUAAUAAAGAAUAGAUUUUUGUUGUAUAAAAGGACCAUAAACUAAUAAGACUUCACAAUUUAAUUUGCUUUUGUUUAUCGUUUGUUAAAACUGAGGUGUUGGUAUUGAUCGGAGUUUAAAGUUUACAGGGUGAUGUUGUGACCCCACUUAGUGUGUUAUUGCUAUGGUGAGUGGUUUGUUGUCAGAUCUGUCACAUGUUUUUUUUUUUUUCUUAAAAUAAUAUGUAUGAUUUAAAGAAUUUGAUUUCUGUAUUGUUUUUGUUUUUGGAGCAAUGCUGUACCAAUUACUGACAUUGUUUUGUUCCACACUGCAUUGUCAGAUAUCAGUAAUGAAAGUGGUCUGAAUGUCAGUUUGUAGUAUGGUUGUAAUCUAGAGACCGGACUGUGGUCAUUAUAGACCAGUUCUCUGAGGUAUUCCCAAAAUGUCAGUGGCAUUCCUAACUUGAGAUUGCGGUGGACUGAAAGCAGCUCACAUGACCAUCAUCUGUUGUUACCUGCAUUUUGUUUGACACAGUUUGGGACAAUGUGAUUUAAAGACAUGAAUGUAACUUGUGUUUUUUAAAAAAGUAUGGCUGCCACGUAACUGGUGAGUCUUCUGUUGAUAAUAAAACAAUGACUGAAACUA